CAAUAACGUCGCCCCUCCGCGUGGUCACUGCGCGACCUGGUAAUGCACACAUCAGCACCAAUCAGUUCCCAACGCUUCUUGAGGGUACUAGUAUGAUGGCGCCGAGGCUGCCUCUGUCACACCCGUACUUUGCCACGCCGGUGCUGUCGGCCACGGACCGUCAAUCGUAUGUCGACCAAGCCAACGCCUCGAACCGCGACACUGUGCGCCAGGCGCGCAACAUGGAGUUGUUCCCAGUGUACCGCGAGUCCACGCACGACAAGACCCAGCGCCGCGUGACCCUGCGGCUAGGCCACGACGCACUCAACCCGAGGCUCAUGUGCAUGAGUGCCCAUACCCAAGUGUCAUGCACGAUCGAAGCCGUGGCGGACUUGUAUCACACCAACACGAUCCAGCGGUCCUUCGAACACGUCGUGGCGCCGUCCGUGCUGGAUCGGACCUGUCUGUACCCGCUCAUCCACCGCGGCCAAGUUGCCCAAGCGCCGCUGCAUUAUGUGAGUCUGAACUGGGUCGCGCUGCAGAUGCCGUCGGUGAUUGCCGACCGCGACUUUUGCUACCUCGAGUGCCAUAGCGAAUUCCAAGACAACGAAGACCUCCGCCGCGGGUGGGUACGCAGCGUUCACUCGGUGAGCAUGAUGGACGAAUUCUUGUGUCCGCCCCUGGACGACAAAUUUGGAAUCACACGAGGGCGGUUAUAUCGCAGUGGCCAAGUGUUUGUCGAAAGCGCGAGCAAUCCAUCCAUUCUCGACAUGUUUCAAGUCGUGUGUGUCGAGCUGCAUGGGAUGGUGUCACAAGACAUACAGCAUGCAGUUCUCGUGCAACUUGCAGAAGAAUGCACGCACGUAGACGAGUACUUUCGAUCGGUGAACCUCUGCCUCUGCCGACUCUUUGACGCGUCGGCACUCGCAUCCAAAGCCCACAGCUGUGCCUGCUGCGAGAAACCGUUCAAAUUGUCCUUGUUUACAAGUGUAAAGCGGCUGCUUUGCCGGGUAUGUGGCCAUACUGUGUGCGAAGCGUGUACCGAAAUGUGGGACCUCCUCUACAAAAAGCCAGUGCGCGUGUGUGUUGCAUGUGCUGAGCAGGCCAAAGAGCCGUUCAACCUGUCCGCAUCAAGGACGUCGGAUGUCCCGUUGAUGACAUUUCACCCAGGCAUGCUUCUGCACGAUGGUGCAUCUCCUGCAUCCAUCGACACGAGCCAGUCGGAAAGCAGUGGUGCCGUUGACCGCUUGACGGUGGACCAGUUCCUGGAAGACCACGGGAGUGGGAGAAGGCCGAGGCAGACGUCCGUGACCCACAGCACCGCCAAGAUCGUCCUCUUCGACCAGAACGCCUCCGACGAUGUGGGCGAUGAUGUGUCCAACCAAAAGCUUCGAGAUUUGCUCAAAAAUGGACACAUGUACAACCCCGAAGCGGUCAAGCAAAUCGAAGCGGCCCUCAUGUAACUUAACCAAGUCUACCACGUAUAGUAUACUAAAUUUAGUAGGAGUACAGAUCUCGUCACGACAAACGAGUUGUAAUUUCCGGAGCGAGAACUACAGUACAUAUCCGAAAUGAAAUGUAUCCCAC